AUGGAAGACGUGAUAUCCUUGGUUGUUCAACAUUUAAUUGAAGAAGAAGAACGCGAUGAACAAAUUAUAAGUUUACUGUUCUUAAAAAACAGCAAAAGACAAAAAGUACAUGAUAUGUUUAUAUCCAGGCGAGAGGAAGGGGCGUUUCAAAACCUUAUUUCCAAACAUCUGAUUGAUGAUGAAACCAAAUUUCAUAACUAUUUUAGAUUAACCAAAUAUCAAUUUGAUUUUGUAUUAUCUGCUAUUGCAAAGGACGUAUUUAAAGCGCCUACAACCACGGUUAAAUGUCCAAUAACACCGAAGGAAAAACUAGCUGUGACAUUAAGGUUAGUAAUUAUCAAUAAAAUAUAUUGA